AGCCUUAAUUGAUAAUAAUAUCAGUAAUUGAUAAUUUAUUGCGUAUUAAAAUUUAUUUUGUUUGUUCUGUCUCAAAAUCCGUAUAAAAGCUCGACAUAAGUGUGAUCAAAUCAGUUUGGGUUACGGUCAUUAACGGACACUACGGUCCUAUGGCUAAAAUGAUUUCCACUUUCGCGCUCUUCGUUUUAAGCAUACUGCAUGCUCAUGCUGCUCCUCAAGGUGUACCAAUUCCUGAGAAUUAUUAUAAUCCACCCCCGGACAUACCUCCAACUUCAUACCAUCCUGCAGCAGCACCAGCUGACACACCAUUUCCAUACCAAGGGUAUCCACCCAACUUCUACCCCGUCAAUACACCUAGAAGUCCCCCGUUCUACCCUGGCUUCAAAAAUCCCAACUACCCGGUUCAUCUGGUUCCUAACAAUCCCGUCCCAAUAGUCCCCUUAACUCAACCAGUACAACCUGUUCCAAUACCUAUAAUUGUUAAGUUAAGUGUUCCAAUAGAAAAGCCACUGCCACCUUUGACUCCAGUCAGUAGUAUUUCUCAACUACCCUUACCCUUGCCCAUUGUUCCAAAUGUUCAAAUACCAAUAAAUACAGCUCAGGCAACAACCAACGCUAAAAAUGCGUCUGGAAACCCUUACACUCUAGGCGUAGAGCCUAAAAUUGGAUCUAAUAGUUACAACUAUGAAACUAGCUCUGCCUCUGGCUCAAGAUCAGGCUCUGGCACUACCUCUGGUGGAAAUACAUUACAAACUAGCUCAGGCUCAGGAUCAGGCUCAGGCUCAGGCUCAGGCUCAGGCUCAGGUUCAGGAUCAGGCUCAGGCUCAGGAUCAGGAUCACGCUCUAGUACUACCUCUGGUGGAAAUACAUUACAAACUAGCUCGGGCUCUGGCUCAGGAUCAGGCUCAGGAUCAGGCUCAGGCUCAGGCUCAGGAUCAGGAUCGGGCUCAGGCUCAGGAUCAGGCUCAGGAUCAGGAUCAGGCUCAGGAUCAGGCUCAGGAUCAGGCUCAGGAUCAGGAUCAGGCUCAGGAUCACGCUCUGGCACUACCUCUGGUGGAAAUACAUUACAAACUAGCUCUGGCUCUGGCUCAGGGUCAGGCUCAGGAUCGGGCUCAGGCUCAGGAUCAGGCUCAGGCUCAGGGUCAGGCUCAGGAUCGGGCUCAGGCUCAGGCUCAGGAUCACGCUCUGGCACUACCUCUGGUGGAAAUACACUACAAACUAGCUCUGGCUCUGGCUCAGGAUCAGGUUCAGGGUCAGGCUCAGGAUCGGGCUCAGGCUCAGGAUCAGGCUCAGGCUCAGGGUCAGGCUCAGGAUCGGGCUCAGGCUCAGGCUCAGGCUCAGGAUCACGCUCUGGCACUACCUCUGGUGGAAAUACACUACAAACUAGCUCUGGCUCAGGCUCUGGCUCAGGUUCAGGAUCAGGGUCAGGCUCAGGGUCAGGCUCAGGGUCAGGCUCAGGAUCGGGCUCAGGAUCCGGCUCAGGCUCAGGAUCGGGCUCAGGCUCAGGCUCAGGCUCAGGCUCUGGUUCAGGCUCAGGAUCAGGCUAAGGCUCAUGCUCAAGAACCAGCUCAAGAGGAACUAGCUGUGGCUCGUUUAGAUAGACUAAAUUUUUGUACGAUUUCUAUCUAUAGAUCCGUAUAACGCUUUCAAAUUACAGUUAUCGAACCAGUCAUCCCCGGAAUCGUCUUAUUCGUCCUUAUCCGCUAUCAAAAGGAAAACUGUGCAUUUGCUUCAGUAACUUCUUAGAGAUGCCAGCAGUCAUUCGCAAUCAAUUUAGAUUUUACUAAACUGAUAUUAACAAGUAAGCAAGCAUUUUAAAAAUCAAUCUAUGUAUGGAACCAAAAAUAAUUAUAAAUGAAUAAAGCAAGAGUGUUGUUUUUAUUUU